CUACUUGAUGUUACAGAGCACUUGGAAUGAUAUUUUGAGCAUGAACCUCAGGGCUGCUGUAACAGACACAGAGCACCGUGUUAUUUGGGAGUAAUUAAGAGCGUAAUGCAGGGCGCGUUCUUGCCGCCACGGGGACGCGCAGGGCUGUUAUAUCCUGUGACUGAAUGUGUCCCGAAUUCAUUCACUCCGGAGAUCACAGGACUGCAGGGAGCUGCUCCCACACUCACCCCCCCACCACCACCCACCCCCAGGAGUUCCUCUUCUGUUCUUCUUUCUCUGCUGCAGGAACACGGAUUUUAACCGAUGACCUGUUCGAGUCAAUGAAGCUCCAGGAUGCUGCAGGAGGCACCGAGCUGCGGUUCAGAGCGGGUGGACGUGUCCCGGUGUGUGAACUGUGGAGGAGCAGUGACGUCUGGACACCUGCUCUGUCUGUUCUAACACGAGGUUCCGCCGUGAACCCACUCUGAGCUCCGGACCAGCUCCAGCCCGAGGUCCAGACUUUGGUCCAGGCUCAGUUUGCGCAGGAGUUGAGAAUAAAAAUAAAUAAAUAAAUAAAAAAAUUCCAGCUCCUGAUUUGCUCUCUUACCGGGGCUCUGGUGGUGUCCCGCUUUCACCAGGGAUGACUGUGGGCUCCCGGGCUCAGGGAGCGACAGCCCGGCUCCUGCAGUGGAACACACCCUCGUCCUGGUGCCUUUGGAGCGGAUCUAAGAGGAGAUGAGAGCCGCGAUCCUUCACCUCCUCGCCGGCUGUCUCUGCCUGUUACGCACCGCUGCUGAGGAGUCACCUCUCCCCCGGGAGCUGCUGGAGCGGCUCUCCCGCAGCGACAUCCGCAGCAUCAGCGACCUCCAGCGGCUGCUCGAGAUAGACUCCGUAGAUAACGAGGUGAUGGAGGAGACCAAACACACCGACCACAAGGACUUCUCUCACAGCUUCCCUGACCUGAAGAGGGCGUACACGCACACCAGGCGCAGACGCAGCACCGUGGUUGAAGAAGCUGUCCCGGCGGUGUGUAAGGUGCGGACCACCGUCUAUGAGAUUCCCAGGAGCCAGGUGGACCCCACCUCGGCCAACUUUAUCAUCUGGCCCCCGUGUGUUGAAGUGAAGCGCUGCACCGGCUGCUGUAACACCAGCAACAUGAGAUGCCAGGCGGCCCGCAAGCGCCACCGCACCGUCAAGGUGGCGAAGGUGGAGUACGUUCGUAAGAGGCCCAAACUGCGGGAGGUGCAGGUGAGUCUGGAGGACCAUCUGGACUGUAUGUGCAGCAGCAAACGCCAACACCUGAGCGCCAACGCAGACACAGUCAACGGCGUCAGGUGAAGCGACACUUCGGUCAGAGAGGAGGAGGGGAAUCGAACCGCCGACGACAACCUCCCUCAGUCUCUGACAUCAUCAUCAACCAGCAGCGAGUGACUGUUGUGGACUUUUUAAUGGAUUACUGCUCAGUCUGACUGGUGAAACCUCUGGGAGGUGUGACCCCCCCGACCCCUGACCCCCGACCUCCCCCACUGGUGACUCAUGAGAAGUUUAACUUUUGUAAGUUUAAAGUGAGCGUCUGAUUCCUGACUGGACGAACAGUGAUUUUAAACGAUGGAUUUUGGAUGUGGCCACAGGGGGCGCCAUCAUCACCAUCUAUCACUUCUUGUUUCUUCAGCGGAGACUACAUCGUUGGAUGGCUGGGAUUAUAUUCCGGUUGGAUUCAUGUCUCAGAACAUCAGCUGGUCGUGGGUUCGACGCCCACAGAUUGGCUCCGUAUAUGCUCUUAUUUUUUUAUAACCCAUUAUUUUCUAUUGCUGUCUUUUUUUAACCAGUUAUUUUAAUCUACAAACGAUCGGAGGUGAAAUAUUAUUUUUUUGACUUGUUACUGAUACUAAUAAACUAUUUAUACAAAACGGUUCGAGAGUAUGGUUCAUCCAUUCUCUACCAGUCCUCAGAGGGGGCGGAGCCAAUCUCAGCGGCUGUACUGUAUAGCAUUAGCUACACCCUGGACAGUUGUCCAGUCCAGCGAAGGUCAACAGGUUGACCUUUGGUCCCCAAACCUCAGGGUUUGUAGAGGAAGUAAAAACGAGUCUUAAACCAAUGAUGUCUUAGCGGUAAGGCAAAACCGCUAACCACCUAAGACGUGGAC